GUCCAGCAAUCCCUCAUGUUCCCCUCGUUGGAUUUCGCCCACUUCUAUGAUCCCUCUCAGCGAGAGGGAUUUUGUCGCCAAUUCGUCUCAACAUUGCAGGAAUAUGGGUUUGUCAAGCUGAUCAAUCACGGCAUUCCGGACGCCCAGAUUGACCAGGCAUUUGCCGCAGCACGCCACUUCUUCGAAUUACUGGUGGAAGAAAAGUUGAAAUCGCCUCAUCCUCCCACUGCGAAUCCCCAUCGUGGCUUCAGUCCGGUCGGCCUGGAGAACGUGGGAGCUGUCUCCGACUAUGGCAGCCCAGGACACUCUCCUUACCUCAAAGAUAUGAAGGAGUCCUACGACAUUGGAUCCGAGUGCGAUCCCCUCUACAAGAAUAUCUGGCCACCCCCCGAAGUAGACGACACCUUCCAACCGACCUUUACUUCCUUCUUCGAAGCUGGCUACCGCACCGAAUUAGCCAUCCUCAGGGCUCUCUCAAUCGGACUAGGUCUCCCUGAACACUGGCUGGGACAGCUUCACGCCGCCCAGACGAAUGAGCUGCGCAUCACGCACUAUCCUGCCGUCGCCCGAGAGGAUUUUGCGCAUUCGACACGCAUCGCUACGCACACCGACUUUGGGACUAUCACCCUGCUCUUCCAAGAUGCAGUCGGCGGACUACAAGUGGAGGUCCCACCGCACAGUGGGCAGUUCGAGGACAUCGACAGUGGAGGCCCAUACGAAUGCAUUCUGAACGCUGGCGACUGCCUGCAGAUGUGGACUGGGCUGCAUAGUGCGCGCCAUCGCGUCCAUCUUCCCGAUCAGUUCAAGGAAGAGCAAAGCGACGGCAUGGUGCCGGAGCGCUUCUCCAUCGCGUACUUUGCUAAGCCGGAUCGUGAUGCCAUCCUCCGGCCUUUAAUGGGUGAAGACAAUCCAGAAGGAGAAUAUCUGACGGCGAAUGAGUUCCAGCACAUGCGGAUUGCGGGAACGUACUGAUGGCGGGUUGUGUUGGUGUCCGUUUAGUUGCAUAGCUUCCGAUAGAACUUGAAUCCGGUCAUUUUCUCAUCCAAAUAAGAUCGCUUUCCAAAUUAACUUUGACA